AUGGAUGGGAAAGGGGAUCCAGCAGCUGAUUGGAGGAAACUCCAGCCUCCUCCCAGUUAUUCCUCCAGUCAAUCAGAGACGGUGACGGGUUCGAGGUGAGUCACAGAGUCCGGUUUCAAGGUCAGUGUUUUUCUAAAUCUCAAUCAUGCUGAGUCAGUAUCUGAUUCCUCUGCCGGUUGUUCGAUGUUGAGGUUGAGCCAUCUGGACAGAACCAGCUUCCUGUCCCUCACCACCAUGUCCUGGAUGACUCCUGUGAUGUGGUCCAUGUCCCGGAAAGAGCUGGACUUCAGUUCACUUAGUUUGUCUCCUCUGGAUGGAGCGGACACCAACGGAGACAGGUGAGACUUAUAAAAACCGCCUUAAAAGUUUGUUUACUCAACUCUUGACUGAAUUUUCUGAUUCUGAUUCUCCGUGGAAGUCCUUGAAAAGGCCUGGUAUGUUUUUGUUCAUGUGUGCGCAGGCUGCAGACUCUGUGGGAACAGGAGGUGUGUGCCGUCGGUCCACAGAAAGCCUCCCUAAAACGAGUGCUGCUUCGUUUUCAAAGAGACAGACUGCUCUGCGUCCUCUGCAUCAACGUCAUCAUCACGCUGGCCCUGUUUGUCGGCUCGGUGAGUCUUUUUCAUCCAUCGCAGCCAUGACACCAGAUCUAAAAACAGUUUUUAAAAUCUUUUAUUCAGAGACAUGGAACAUUAUGUUUUAUUCAGAGCAACUCAUUUCUUAACUCAUCUAAAAGUAAGGAUAGAAGAUGAAAUAUAGCAGCAUCAUCAGCAUAAAAACUAAACUUUGGCGAAACAACAUCUCUACACAAGUUAUUGAUAGAAACUAUGAAUUGAAUGGGACCGAGAAUAGCGCCUUGUGGGACACCACUUUGUGUUUUUUGAGGGUUUUUAAAGACAGUUCUAUACUAGUCAGCCUCUCUAAGAAAAAGGUGCAAUACUUCAAGGUAGGGGUGGGCGAUAAAUUAUCGUUCACGUUAUAUCAUCAGAAAAUUUUUCCAUGAUAAAUAUUCGCCAUCUCAUGAUAAAUACGAUAAAUAAAAGUUGAUGAUGUAAGCGCGAACAGAUUUGCAGCCAUUGCCCACACAGAGCAGAAUAAUAAACAAACAUGGCCGAAGGUGAUGAAGAAGACGUUUCUGAGCAGCUGGUUACUGAACGAGGAUCCACAUGAGGGAUUUCCUUUAAGACUGGAGUUUAGAUGAGCUCAGUCAGGUCUGCCCAACAUCAGUCAGAGGAUCUGCUGAUGUUCACUCUUUGUAAUAAGAGUUUUCAACAAAUAAUGAAAAUGUUUUCACAGUUGAGACUUGUUUGAGCUCAUCAGUUUUCUCCAUAACCGACCUCUUCAUCUUGCGGUUCAGUAUCUUAUUUGACUUUUCCAACUGGUUUUCUCAAGACAAAAUGAGUCAAAAAUGUAGAUAAGAAUUAUAAUAUUUUUAUCGGGACUUUUACCGUUAUCGGCAGAAUGGCAAAUCUUAUUGUGAUCAAUUUUUUAGCCCAUAUCGCCCAUCCCUACUUCAAGGUCACAUAAUGUGACGUAUUUAAACAACAUUUUCCUCGAUAUCUCUGUAGAAGUUCCUCGUCUUAAUCUUGUAUCCUGUCAGGGUGUCAUUUUCCAUGAGAUCCUCGGCCACAUCAUCCACGAAGAGUCGGCUACAUUUUGGAGAGGCCUGGCUCUGAGUUUUGGUCUGGUCAGUGUGGAGCUCUUCAAGGUUUGCUGCCUCUCCUUGAGCUGGGCCAUCAACCUGAGAACAGGAGUCAGACUGAAAACCGGUUUCUUCAUGCUGGGCUUCAAGAAGAUCAUCGCUCUGGGGAUGCACAGCCGAGUCUCUGCGGCACAGGUGAUGAUCAUUUUAGAUCUAGAUAUGAAGUAGAUGUUCUGCUGCUCUCAGGGGCUCAUGUGGACAGGACGUGUGUGUCUCCUGGGUUUCUUCUCAGAUGGUCAAUGUUUUAACCAGAGACAGUAACAAGCUGUUCGGCGCCGUCCUCCUGGGUCCGCUGGUGCUGCCCUUCCCCCUCCUGCUCAUCAUCUCCUCUGUGUACACCUGCUACAUCCUCGACUACACCGCCCUCAUCGGCAUUUCCAUCUUCAUCGUCUUCAUCGUUCUCCAGGUACACGGACACACAGAGAUAACGCUGACAGUGCAGAAAAAUUAAAGUUUGUUUUCAGAGAGUUUGAUACUCGGAGACGUUUUGUUGUUCAGCACAGAGAUGAUUUGAAUUACAUAAUAUUAAAGAUAACACAUUAUACAUACUCAUCAUCUGGCACUUCACCUUUUUGUCCAGCAGAGGGUGCCAUUGACAUUUGCUGCUGAAGACUGUUAAAGCAAUAACAGGUCAAACUGAGUGAAUCUCACCCAAACUACAAUUUCUUCUGAUUAAAAUUCUCAUCAAUAAUAUCCUGAGUGAUUUUUGAAAAAAGUUCUGUGUGGUUGUUCACAAAAGUAUGAGACACUUUGGUUCCAGUAUUAAAUAAGAGCGAUGAAACGUCAGAUUUAAAGCCACAGCUAAAAAGCAAACAUAUAAAAUAACACGACUGUUUAAAAUCUGCAGGACAGACAGUUAAAGAAAAUCUGGGAACAUCUGAAGUAAAUUAGGGAGCUCCGAGGUCCCUCAAAGGUCAUCGUUUUUACUGUCUUGUGCUCAAAAUCAACGUCCUUCAAAAUGUUCAACUAAAAAAAUCUGAGAAAAGGCACUGGGGGGAAAAAACACAAGGAGACGAUGACAAUGACUAUGAAAGACACUCACUGACCGACAAACGCACACAAUGAACCAACAAGGACAGAGGGGAAGACAGGGACUAUAUACACACUGGGAAACGAGCAACAGGUGAGACAGAUGAGACAGGUGAGACUGAUGAGUGAUUAAUGAAGGAGGGAAAACUAGGAAUCAACUCCUACAAAAUAAAACAGGAAAUAAACACUGAAAACUGAUCUAAAGAAUAAAACACAGAGAACAGGAGGGAAACAGAGUCAAAGACAAACUGAAAACUCUCAAGACAGGACUACAGGGGAACAGAAACACUAAAAAAUAACACAGAAAAUAAACUCAAAUAACAAAACCGAAGAACAAAUCAUGGCACAGAAGACAGUUAUAACCUUUAUAGCCACCAAAUAUGUUGAUCGAGAAGUGUUUGCAUCCACACUCUCUGGCAUUAAUAAUGAUAUAAGGCUCCAACAGGCUCCACAUGAGUCUGUGGGAUGAUAAAGCAGCAGCAGCAAAGACUGUUCAGGACAGAACAGAGCAGGCGUCAGGAGAAAUAUCUGAUGAGAAGAGCUCAGAUCAGAGAUUUAUGCCAGAAAAUAUGAUUUAACUGUGAAUGAAAUCGACACGAUUAUCUUGUUCCUGAAGGACAAUGAACUUGUGUGCAUGUAAUGAAAACUUUUUACGCUGAUCAGAGACUCUUUAAGGAAAAGAAUCCAAUUGAUUUCUACCACUUCAUCAAUACUAAUCAUAUUUUCUCUGUUUGUUUCAGGUUGUGUUGACCAGACUCGUCUAUCACAUCCAGCAGAGCGCAGCCCCCACGACCUCCAGUCGUGUUCGCACCACCAACGAGCUCCUCGCUAACAUCAAACUCAUCAAGAUGUACGUGUGGGAGCAGGUCUUCAGCAGCAAGAUAACAGGUAGGAAGAGUCUCAACAGAUUCACUCUCGUGUUUUAAAGGGUGUUUAUCAAACACAGUCGUCCAAUGAAGCGCCUGAAAUAGUGUGAAUUGUGAUAACUGAGAGAGUCACACUCUGUUUGUGUGUCUGUUUUUGUGUUUGUGUAAGUCAGACAUCAGGACGUCAGAGAGGAGGAUGCUGCAGAAAGCUGCCCUCAUCCAGAAUGUUGUAGCGACCAUUGCCCCCCACGCCCCUCUCAUCGCCAUCAUGAGCACCUUCAUCGUCCACACCUCCCUCGGUUUACCCAUCAACACCAGCACAGUGAGUAAAACCACGACAGCUGUCGUAAAGAGGAGUGCGUCCUUCACAGCAGACAGCAGCUUCCAGUCGACUCUCACUCUUCUGCUUUCAGGCGUAUCCCGUCAUCACCGUCUUCAACUGCAUGAGGUUCUUCCUGUCCAUGGUCCCCGCCGCAGUCAAGCUCGUGGCUGAAGCUGCUCUAGGUGUGAAGCGCCUCGAGGUGAGCGAUUUAUCCAACACAACACUCGCGAAGACUCACCCGCAUGUUUGAGAGUGCAGGAGUUUGUGUUUGUUUGUGCUGCAGAAGUUUUUGCUGAUCGAGAAUCCAGAGCCGUACAUCCUCCGAAAGACAGACAACGCUUGUGCAGCCGUCGUCAUGGAGAACGCCACUCUGUCCUGGACCAAACCGACCCACCUAGCUGAAACGGAGGACAGGGACGACCUGGUGAACAAAACAAGUCACUCUGAAGUGCUGCCCACCCUGAGGAACAUCUCCUUCACCCUGCAGAAGGUCAGCCUGAUGAGACCUCUUUGGAGAUGUGACACUGGGUUGGCCUCUCACACCAGUCUGUCUAUUUUGAAGACACUUUGUCGCCAUCUAGUGGUGUCCACGAUCAGCUGCUCUGUGUUGGUGAUGUUGUGUGUUUCCUGCAGGGCCGACUUCUCGGUGUGUGUGGAAAUGUUGGCAGUGGGAAGACAUCGCUGAUCUGCAGUCUGCUGGAACAGGUGAGUCCACCUGUCAGUCUGCGUGGUGUUUACCUCAAGACUGUAAAACUGCAUUCUUUCUUUUGGCCACCAGAGGGCGACUGAACAGACGGCAAAAAAAGUCUCAUUUUCUAAUUAUUAAUAGAUUAUAAACUGCCUACAAGACCUCAUAGGAUGCUUAUUAACAACGUUAACAAGUUUCAAUAAAUGCAUAAUUAACACAUCUAUUUUUCUGUAAACAUAUAUUAGAUGUUUAUUCACAGUAAUCAGAUUUUAUUUUUUUUUAGUUUUAUUUAUUUUAUUCUAUUUUAUUGUUUUUAAUAUCCUACUUAAAUGGACAGCACUUUAUGUAACAUUCUAUGUAUGAAAAGUGCUUUAUAAAUUAAAUCUGAUUAAUUAAUAUAUAUUUUAAUUUAGGAUAAAUGGACAUAUUAAUUGGCUUAUAAUGCACUAACAGGGAAUUUAUAACCAAUAACAGCAGAGACAGUUUUUAAAAGGUGUUUAUAUACAUUUAUAUAACCCUUUGAUAAAAUAAUGCACUAAACAAAACAAUUUAAACAGCAUUUAUUAACUUUAAUUAGGUGUUUUAUGAAUAAGACAAUUAUAGGUUAAGUUUUAUCAUGUAGGGAUCGAUAACUCUUAAGUUUUCCAGAUUCUCAGUGUUUUUAAAAACAAAGAAAAUUUUAGGUUUUUAUUUGUGGAAAUUCUGGAACAGACUGAGAGCAGAACUACAGCGAAGUCCAACUAUGAUUUACAAAGAAAAAUUAAGAGAGGAUCUUCAGGAAGUGUCAGGAUCAGGAAGGUCUUAAACAGCUGUUAUGAAAACUCACACUGGUGUUUGUUAAAUUCAAUAAUGACAAUAUUCAAAUCUGCGUUUUUGUUUGUGUUGUUAAGAUGCACCUGCAGCAGGGAUCGGUCUCCGUGGACGGAUCGAUCGCCUACGUCUCUCAGCAGGCCUGGAUCUUCUACGGGACAGUCCAGGACAACAUCCUGCUGGGGGAACCUUUGGACCAGUCCAGGUAGAGAGUCCGGUCCCUGUGGGUCAAAGCUAACAGCUGAUACUCGAUGGUGACGUGUCGAUCUUCUGCAGGUACGACAAAGUCAUCAGCAGCUGCAGCCUGGAGGCCGACUUCAACAUCCUGCCUCACGGUGAUCGGACUCUGGUGAGAAACUCUUCCCUCUCUGUGUGUCAGGAGAGUUUAUAAGACGAUUACAAACAUAUUCAGGUCAAUGUGAGAGUGUGUGUGUUCCAGUUAGGAGAGCAGGGCGUGAAGCUGUCAGAGGGACAGAAACAGAGGAUCAGUUUGGCCCGAGCCGUCUACGCCAAGAAAGACCUGUACCUGCUGGACGACCCUCUGUCUGCGAUGGACGCUCCUGUCGGGAAACACAUCUUUGAGGAGUGCAUCAGGAAGCAGCUGCUGGGGAAGACCGUCAUCCUGGUCACCCACCAGCUGCAGGUCUGUGUCUCUUUACAUCUCAGCCUCUCCUCUUCCGUUUCACAGACACUAAACCUCUCUCUCUCUCUCUCUCUCUCUCUCUCUCUCUCUUUCUCUCUCUCCCUCUCUCUCUCAGUACAUGGAGUCCUGUGAUGAAGUCCUGGUCCUGAAGGAGGGGACAGUCCUGGAAAAAGGAAGUCACCUGGAUCUGAUGGAGGCAGAGGGACACUACGCCGAGCUCAUCAACAAACACCAAACUCAGGAGGAGCGGGUAUUUAUCUUUACUGACUUUAUUUAUGCUUUUAAAGUUGCAGCGAAACGAAACUUAGAGAUUCUGAUUUUUCUGACAGCCUCAGAGAGAAGAGAGAGAGACGACGGUGGAGCUGAACAACCACAUGAACGGAGGGAUUAUCAAUCCAGGUACACAGAGCAGACAUCCACAACCUUCAGCCUCCAUUUCCUCAUAUUUAACACCUGAUAUAUAAACUUUUGUUUCCUCACAGCCUUUGACAUAGUGGGCGAGGACAUUGAUGCACCUUCAUCUGACUGCAAACGUAAGUAUGGAAAUAUGGAAAAAUUUCAUAUUGUCUUUUUUUUUUCCAGAAUCACAAUUUUAUCUGGAUUUAUUCAGAUUUUAACAACAAACAACUUAACAUUUAUCUUAACUGUUGGUCUCAUUCUUAAAUAAGACUGAACACACAAAAGUCAACAUUUUCAAAAAUGAAAGGUAGUCGUAUGAAUAAUAAUAAAAAUCACUUAAAACUAAGUUACUUUUAUCAACGUGUAACACAUCAAUUCUGUGGUUAAAAUAAAGUGUUUCAGAGGAAAAGACAUUUAUUCAGAUACAUGUUAGAGAUACAGCUUUGGCAGAUCAUCGUCACUUUUGAAUCCUUCACAGUCGAAGAUCAUCAGAUCGCACACCCCUACGUGUGACUGAGCAUUCCCUCAAAUUGAAGUUUAGUCGCCACAGUCCUCCUCUCAUCUGGAGUUUUGUGCUGUUAAACUGUAAAACUCCUUAAUGCAGAAAAUUCUGCAAAAUUCUCUCCUACGUUUAAUCCUGAAACCAAAAUAUGUCGUGUUAAAUCCACUCUGAACUGAGUCAUCAAUUCGAUUCUUCAUUUCGACUCAAUAAUUCUCAGUAACAGUAACUUAAUGAUAUGUGGUUAUCAGAUAAAAACUGAUGUGGUUCACUUUAGUCUGAAAAUCAAAAACAUGGAUUUAUGAUGUUUGUUUUCUCUGUGAAGCUGCUGAUCAGCUGAUCCGUCAGGAGAUCAGCAGGAAGAGUUCGGUCACCUGGAGGACGUUUCAAGAGUACUGUCGGGCAGCAGGUGGUAAAAACACAAAUAUUCUGUGUAUUUAAGACGGUGAAUAAACACAGCAGAGGUUUCAGCCUGUUUUCUUCCUGCAGGAUACUGUGCAAGCUUCUCCAUCUUCCUCGUCUUCGUCCUGAUGACCAUCACGAUGGCUCUGAGCUACGGCUGGAUCAGCUUGUGGUUGUGGUCAGGACACGGGGUGAGAUACGUACACUCCACGCUGAUGAAAUGACGGUUUCUUGUGAUGUGUAAAUCAUAUUUAGAGUUUAGAGAUCUCUGUCCUUCUCUUGGAGCUCCAGUACAGAGUUUAAAAGUCUUAACCUAGUGGACACUGGGAGAACUGCACUUUUUUUUUGCAUGCAUGAGUUAUAAAAAGUUUCUCCCCGCUUACCACCGUGCCCAGAGGCAGCUGAUGUUUUUCCACAGCCUGACUCUCUCUGUUGUUUUGUUUCUCAGCUCGGCAACGUGACAUCUGCUGAUCAAGGAAACCUCUCGGCGAACCCUGACCUCCUCUUCUAUCAGCUGGGGUUCGCUGCGAUGGUCAGCACCCUGCUGACUAUCUACAUGAUCAAAUGUUUCUGCUACAUCAAGGUCACGUUUCGUGCCUCCAACACGCUGCACAACAGCCUGCUGGACAAAGUAAGAAACUCAGACUCACCAACCAACCAGUGAAAAAACUUUUACACAUUUAUUUAACAGAAUAUGAAAUAUGAAUGAAGUGUAAAAUGUCACGUGUUUCAGAGUUAAACACAAAGACAGAAAAGCAGCAAAAUAAGCACCUUUUAAAUACUUUUAAUAAUCAUACUCUGUAUCUAAAAGGACACUUGUUAUCAGAAAUAAUGAGGAUAAUUCAUGUUAUUCUCUGUUCACUAUAGGAGUGCAGGUGUACAGCUAAAUUAGUGAGCAAAUAGGUUUGUUCAUAAACCUGUUGUUUAAAAUUUAAUACAUCUGUUUUUUGUAUAUCUAAUAAUAAUGAAAAUAAUAACAUUAAUAAUAAUAAUGAUGAUAAUAAUUGUUUUUAUUAUAAUAGUUAUGAAAAUAAUGAAAAUAAUAACAAUAACAAAAUAGGUGAUAAUAAUUGUUUUUAUUAUAACAGUAAUGAUAAUAAUAACAGUAGAAGUAAUAAUGAUAAUAAUAAUGAUAAUAAUAAUAAUACAAAAUUAAAAUAAAAUAAUAGUAACAACAACAAUAAUAAUUAAUAUUAAUUAAUUAAUUAUUAAUAAAUAAUUAACAAUAAAUUAUUUAUAAUAAUAAUAAUAUAACAAUAAUAAUAAUAAUAAUAAAUAUAAUUAUAUUACAAUUACAAUAAUAAUAAUAUUCAUAAUAAUAAUAUUAAUAAUAUUAAUAAAAAUAACAACAACAACAAAAAAUAAUAAUAAUAAAAUUUAAUUUAUUCCACUUCCUCCAAAUUAUCGUUAAUCUCAUUAUCUGAAAAUUUUCUUCCCGCUGAUCUGUGAACUUUUUAAUUCUUCGGACUUUUAUUUGCAGAAGUUUUAAACAUGAGACCCAGCACUGUUUGCGUUUUACUGCAGAUGUUUUAGGAUUGACGAAGGGCGCCCUCCAGUGGCCAUUCUAGGAACUGCAGUUUUAUGGUGUUUGACUUGAGCUAAGCUUUAAGUAAAUCUUGGGGCAGGCAGAGCUCAUGCAGUUGUCCCGGUACAGCUGAAGUGUUGUGCGUUUUGUCACUGAUGAUUCGACUCUGCUGAUUGGUUGUUGUCCUCCUCAGGUCGUUUCAAGUCCAAUGAGCUUCUUUGAGACGACUCAGAUCGGACACAUCCUCAGAUGUUUCUCCAAACGUCAGGAUGAGAUCGACUCUUUGUUGCCUCAUCAUCUCAACGGCAUGCUCACGCUGUGGCUGAUCGCCUUCUGCGUCUGCAUCAUCAACCUCGUCAUCUUCCCCAUCAUGCUGCUGCCGGUGUUCAUCCUGCUGACGGUCUUGACCUUCCUGCUCUGGUGGGUCGACACUGAGCCGUGAUACUAACAAACGCCAGAUUUGAUUGUAGAGCUCAGGACUUUGGUUGAACGCCGCCUUUGUUUCUCUGCAGGAUGUUCAAGGGAAACAUCAUUCAGCUUCAGAGGAUGGAGAGCAUCAGUCGUGCCGCCAGCGCCUCUGUGUGCACCUCCAUCGCUCAGGGCCUCGGCACCAUCCAGACCUACAACAAGAUGGACAACUUCACGGAGCUGUAAGAUAAACUCUGUCGCUCUGAAACGUCUCCAAUAUCUGAGAAGAUUUGGAGAAGGAGAAAGCUGUAGAAGAAUCUCAGAGGAUAAGCGUCUCAUCCUGUUUGUGUUUCAGGUUUAAGAAGCUGUCAGACGCCAACACCAACCACCUCCUACUCUCCCACUACGGGUCGCGUUGGCUCAGCUUCCAGACGGAGUCUCUGUGCGCCAUCAUGACGCUGCCGGUGGCUUUGUUGGUCAUCUUCGUCUCCAAUGACGUCACCGACCCUGCCAUGAAAGCCCUCGCUCUGAGCCGCAUCCUAAGGGUACGCACUCCCCCUCUUAAGUACCCUCAGGAUGAACAAUAACCUCAGAGUGAUUCCUCAUUUCUAAGUCGUCUGUGAAUCUCGACCUGAUGGCGUGUUUUUGUGGUUUUAACAGCUGACGAGUAAAUCUCAGGCUAUGAUCCAGACUCUGCUGGACACGGAGGUCAGGUUCAUCUCUGUGGAGCGAGUCCUUCAGUACAUCAAGGUCAGUUUUUGCAGUUUCGGCUGUUUCCUUCUGGUUUGCACAUCCUCACCCCCAAUUUCCAACACACCCAGACAGCGGCGAUUUUCACCAUCCGCCAAUCCCUACAGGAUUUAGGGGAAUUUUGUGGCAGGAAUCGUGAGAACUCAAAAGAAAUCACAAGUUCACCAGCAAUCACACGAUAACCAGUUGACUCUCUAAAGACAGACACAUAGACAUAUAAGCAGUAGAUUGUGUCCUUCCAGAGGAGGAAAUCUACUUCUAGACUUCUAGAAUCAGCAUCUCCUCAUCCAUGGUGUCAUCGGGGUGAAAUGACGUCUAAAAACCUUUCACUUGUUCAUGUUUUAUUUUGAAAAGAAGCCGGAUGUUUUAUUUUGUGUCUGUGCCCGACUUCCUUUCCAGCACGGGUUAAUCUGUGCUGAAUUUAUCCGCCAUGCUCCGGCGUCCAGAAAAAAUAGAACUCUGGUGAUCAGCUGAGGAGUCCGGUGAUCCGCAAUUGACACAUUAACAUUAACUUGAAUGGAAACUAUCAGCUACGAUCGGAGGAUACGGCCUUUUCUUAGUCGUUCCAGAUGCAGUGUAAAUUUGGGGUCAAAGUGAGUCUCAGGUCUUCAUCUGUUUUCUGCACCAUCUACAGAAUUACGAAGGGUAUUCCACCGAUGAUGUUCAAGCUCAAACAGGCCCAUGAAUGUUUGCAGCUCUGUGCAGUUUGCUCUUGUUCUGUAUCUGGAUGGAGAGCUGAGCUGUUAGCAUCUCUGUGAAUUCUCAUACUUGCAGAACUCAAUCAGUCCUGGUACCAGACCUGAGCUUAGGUAUCAGACGGUACCGAUUCUGAGAUGGUUUGAAGAUAUUUUUCCUCACUGUCAGAUGCGUAUCGAUUGUUGCCGCCGGUCACUUUAGAUUUGCAACCACACUGAAACUCAAAGAGAAAACAGAGACAUCCCGGAUAACAACAGACCGUGAAAGAAAAGCCGCUGCUCUGUGACGUGACCCUGACUCUCGGUUGUGUUUCAGGGCUGCAGGUCUGAGUCUUCAAGGCAGCUUCAAGUGGAUCAGGUCUCAGAGGACUGGCCUCAGCAUGGAGCCGUCACUUUCCUGGAUUAUGAAAUGAGGUACAGGCAGAACUUACCCGUCGUCCUCAACAGGCUGCAGGUCCACAUCAGAGCUGGGGAGAAGCUCGGCGUUGUGGGAAGAGCCGGAUCAGGUGGAGAAACACUGAAACCUUCAAAUCCGAAGAUAGGUAUCAAAGAUUUUGAGAUGAAGACGGAAAAAAAAUCAUCUUUGUGUUUUCAGGGAAGUCUUCUCUGGCGGCGGCUCUGUUUCGGCUGGUUGAUCCGGCUGCAGGAAGCGUCCUGAUAGACGGGGUGGACAUCACCUCCGUACAUCUGUCCAACCUGCGUUCAAAACUGUCCAUCAUCCCUCAGGACCCGGUGCUGUUCACAGGAACUGUCAGGUAAAGUGUUACCGUCUUAUCAACCUCAGCCACAGGGGGCGUGUCUUUAUGUGAAGGUGUUUGUCUGCAGGUACAAUCUGGACCCUUUUAACCGCCACAGUGAUGAGGAGAUCUGGGCGGCGCUGGAGAAGACCUACAUGAAAGACACAGUACGAUUCUGAUUCUGAGGUUAUUUGAUGCAACAGCUGUGGUGCUUGACUCUGAUUGGACGUCAUUUGUGAUUGGUCAGAUAAGCAACCUGGACGGAAAGCUGCAGGCGGAGCUGACGGACAACGGAGGGAAACUGUCUGUUGGACAGAGACAGCUGAUGUGUCUGAGUAGAGCUCUGCUACGAGACUCCAAGGUCCGUCUGUCUGUCCAUUCGUCUCCGUCUUUUUCCUGUCGUGUCUCGUCCAUGAUUGAUCGUCUCUCUGUCUCCCUCAACAGAUCGUCUUAUUGGACGAAGCGACGGCGUCUGUCGAUUCAGAGACCGACGCUCUGAUCCAGAUCGCCAUGAACGAGGCGUUCAGGUGCUGCACCGUCCUCACCAUCACUCAUCGAAUCAACUCGGUCCUGCAGGCAGACCGGGUCCUGGUCCUGGACCAGGGAGAGGUAACCAACACAGACCACAGUUUGACCCGAGAACAACGAAAUAAAUAUUUAGAAUUAAAAUCGAUAAGAGAGGAUCAGUUUGACAUAUGAAAUAAUUUUCCAGAUUAUCCAGAUUUUUUUAUCUGAAAACUCAAUUUUUGAUUUUUUUAUUUAGUGUCAACUUCUCCAAACUUCACUUUAAUAAAAAGUUUCUUCAUCAUCUCUCAAAACCAAACCAGUGAAAACGAUGUAGUACAUAUGCCAAGCCAGUAAGUGGCGCUGUAACGCUGUAAGAGGAAAAUUGAUUUGAUGAUUGUCGUAAUCGUCAUAAUCGAAUGAUCCGAUUACGAUUUAAAAUCAAUUAAUCAUGCAGCCCUAGGUGGUCCACAAAUUCUUUCUUCUUCUUCUUCUUCUUCUUCUUAUUAUUAUUAUUACUAUUAUUGUUGUUAUUAUUAUUAUUAUUGUUGUUGUUGUUGUUGUUGUUGUUGUUGUUGUUGUUAUUAUUACUAUUAUUAUUAUUAUUAUUAUUAUUAUUAUUAUUAUUAUUAUUAUUAUUAUUAUUAUUACUAUUAUUAUUAUUAUUAUUAUUACUAUUAUUAUUAUUAUUAUUAUUAUUAUUAUUACUAUUAUUGUUGUUAUUAUUAUUAUUAUUGUUAUUGUUCGUGUAGUAUAAUUUUCUUUUUCUUUUGCUUGUCUGACAAUUGUAAUAUUUAUUUAUUUAUUUAUUUAUUUUUUCAUUAUUAUUCACAUAUAUAAUACACACACACCACACACACACACACACACACACAAAACCACAAAUGCCAUUGUUUGUUGUAUGUCUUGUAUUGUCACACUGCACAAAUUUAAAAAAUUAAAAAAUUAAAAAAUCGUGCAGCCCUACAGUUCACAGACCAAACAGCUGAACAGAAAGUGUCUCCUCUCUUGAUUGAUCCCGUCGUGUUUCAGGUUUUCUGUGUAACAGUUUCUGUUCUCGUCCUGCAGGUGGUCGAGUUCGAUCAUCCGGACGUGUUGAGACAAAAUCCAGACUCACUUUUCUCACAGCUGCUGAAAGCUGCGAACGCCGGGCCGUCCUGACGUCCACAAACAAAGACGAGUAUUUAAAGCCUCUGUGAGGAGUUUUUAACCAGACUGACAUGGACACCAGUGCAAGAAAGAGAACUGGACCGUCUACUACAGGA